UGACAGUCAGCUGGUAAAAUAGGAAUCUUUGAUUUGAAUAUUGAUGGUUUUUUUUUAAUAAAAAUGAGUGAAAUAGCAGUUCUUUUCAAUGGGUACUCAACUAUGAGUGCAAACGAUGAGAUGACGGCUAAUUGUACUUGCACAUUAAUUAAAGGCGCUCACAAUAUAAUUGUAGAUACUAUGACAGCUUGGGAUUCGGAUAAAAUUAUAAGCGCGCUAAAAUCUCACGGCGUUAUACCUGAAGAUAUAAAUUACGUUGUCUCAACUCACGGGCACUCGGAUCAUAUAGGAAAUAAUAAUCUUUUCUUAAAAGCAAAACAUAUAGUGGGGUUUAGUAUAUCUUAUAAAGACAAAUACUAUAUAUUUCCCUUUGACAAAGGACAAGAAUAUGUCAUCAAUGAGUCUGUGAAGGUGGUCCCAACACCUGGACAUACACUUUCAGAUGUCACAGUACUUGUGAAAUCCAAUCAAGGUGAACAAGUUGCAAUUACAGGUGAUUUAUUUGAAAAACAUGAAGAUAUAGAGGAUCCUAAUAUAUGGUUAGAAGCUGGGAGCGAAGACAAAGUACAACAGGCCAGGAAUAGAUCUAAAAUAGCUGAUAUAGCAGACUGGAUCAUGCCUGGGCAUGGUGCACAGUUUCAAGUUACUAAAGAAUUAAGACAAACACUUAGAAAACAGAUUGUAUAAGAAUAUUUGUAUAUUUAAUCUAUUAAUUUAAAAGGAAAAAAAUAUGAAAGGAUUUUAAAAUAAAAAAAGUGU